UCACAAGCUCAGACAUACAGAUUUUUAUGCAUCCCCCUAAUAGCAAAGGUGUGAUGUUGGAGUGUCAUUCAGCAGGCUGGUUCCCACUGCCUCAUAUGGAAUGGAGAGACAGCAAAGGAGAGGUCAUUCCAGAAAUAUCAAAAUCCCACUCACAGGAUAUAAACAAAUUGUUCAACAUGACAAUGGUCCUUCUUAUUAAAGCCAGCUCCCACCGAAAUGUCACUUGCUGCCUUCGAAACCUUCUAACUCACCAAGAAGAAAGCAUCAGUAUUAUCCUUUCAGAUGAACUGUUUUCAUGGAGAAGAGUUUGGAUAUAUAUUCUGAGUAUGAUAGAAUUUGUGCUGAUAGCCUUCCUCUUGACUUCCUGUGCUCAGCAACAUUCCAUAUUUGGUAAGUGUCCUUGGAAAAAGAGUAUAACGCUAUUUGGGAUUUCAAUGAUUGCAAUUGUUGGAAUCAAUCUCAUUUUGCAUCUAAGGCAAAGAGUCCCAGUUUCAGAUCCACAUUUUGAACUGGAUACUUUGUGGUUAGAAGAUAUUAGUGUGGUCCUGUGUGUGCUGAUAGUGUUCAUCAUCAAGCUUGUUUCAUUUAUUUACUUCAGAUUGAAAGUGGGUGUAGGUGGGUCGCUCCCUCUUCUGAUGGAUAUGGGUUCACUCUACCAGCUCACUCUACCAGAGGGUGGAGGGGGAAGGCAGUGGUGGCAGCUGAUACUGGCUGCUUUGGACUGCCUCCAGGUCCCUCUGCAGGAUUCUGUGGUAGGAAGUAUCCAGCGACCUCCACAGGUCAGGGAACUCAAGGAGUGA